AUCCUAUAACUAAGAGACCUACGGAGUAUUUUAAAUUGUGUUGAGGUCACUUUAUGUUUAUUUAAAGAGCAUAUGACACGAGAAAAAAAGUCUUAAAUAGCAUUAUUGUGUGAAUUAGAAUCAUAUUUUGAGACGAUUCGACUAUAUACAGCAAAUUUGCAAAGCACAGAUAACGAGAAAUUAGACUUUUAAUGUGCUGUUAGGCCCCUCCUCCUGUUAAAGCCCGCUGGCGCCGCCAUCUUGCUGAUGACGUCAGCGGUAGAACGAUUUCAGGCAGCUUUAGCAUUGAGCCCAAUGGAGGAGGAAACAUUUUCCAGCGAUUCUGGUUCAAGUUUGGAAUUUUCAAACAUAAUUGGCGAUCCAGAGGAAGUAUGUGCCAUACAGCCAUAUAGGUUUGAGCCAUAUUUGGAGGAAAAAGAUAUGGAAUCAGAAAGCAGCGACACAGACGAGACUGAGCCAAACUCCCAGGAUGACCACAGCAGACUGGGCAACACUGCAUGGUGUUCAUGUGAAUGCUGUGCAGUGAUGCCCACAGUAGAUGAGUGCGUUUGCUGUGGUGAACAGGAGCGAGUCAGGGAGAAGAUGGAGGGGGCUGGGGUCCAAUGUAUUACCCAGCACCCUGGAUUUCAGCCCGUGUGCCUGAACGUAGACGUCCUUCAGACAGCCUAUUAUGCCUACAGGCAAAAUUAUGAGGACCAGUCAGGAAACAACUGGAAACGUUACACGGCGUAUCGCCAGUUUGUGCGCUGGGUGUACGAGUUCCUGGGGCGGAGGAUCAGGGUUCCUCUACCAGCCUGUGUGGUCGCGCAGAUCAGGACAAGCUUCCCAUCACCGGAGUUUGUUGGAUACCAACCUUGUAAUCCUCCCUAAAACUCCAAGUUGAAUAAAAUAUUGUAAUCGUUUCAUUAUACAGUCAUCCUGAUGUGAUUUUUAAAAGAAUAUCUCUACUUCAAUAUUUUUGCAAGCCUCAGUGGUUAGUCUUAUUACAUAUUUGCUAAGUGCAAUACAAAAAUUAUAUUUCCAUGACAAAGUAUUGUACUGAAUGGAAUAUGGAAAUAUGACAAAUGCAAGGACGUUAUAAGAUACUUAUUUCUGACAUGCUGAUACAAGUAAAAAACAAUUGCUACUGUAUCAAGCUCAAGACAAUGAUUUGGAAAAAUACACAAAAUGGUUUUAUUCACCGGAAUUUAAGUGUGCCAUUAUAUU